UAGCAGCAAGCGGACGUGUCUUUCUUCGUCGACAGUGGAACUAGACGGGCCGUGGCGAUCAAGCGUGUUCGUGUGUGUGUACGUACGUUGGCGAGUGCGAACGCAUAGCGAUUAUUGUGUUUUGUUUUUGCUCUCGUGCGAAUAUAUAAUAUAAUAGAAAUGAGGAAAUAAAAUACAUGCGUAUCAAAAAAAGAGAAAACACACAGAUUAAAAGUGACAACUCGGCUAUGUGUUUUGCAUAAAUUUUGCUCUAGAAUACAAUAAAAACGCGCAGCAUAAAUUAAAAGAAAAAUAGUGUUUUCGAAAAAAAUCAAGCAAAAAGUGCAGAGGGCGGGCGGAGAAAGGCGCGCAAAGAAUAUAGAAAGUGACCUUUAGUGUAAAUUUCGAGACGGCGGCACGUUUUCGAAAGCGAGCGACAGGCUGGAGCCAUCGUCAGCAGUGGCUGCUCCUGUAAAUUCAAAUUAAACGCCGCACAAUCAAUGCAAGGGGGCGCGUAUGCAGCUGUUUAGCAUAGUUACCUGAACCGACAACCCCGCAACGAGAUUUAGACGAUAGCAGCGGCAACAUAUUAACGGCUGUGAUACGCGGCAGUUGGCUCAGUUGGAGUUGAAGUGCGCGCAAAAUGACAACCCGCCAACACAGUUUCCGAUGGCGCCUGCUUAUAACGGCUGCGAUUUUACUGCUGCCAACGGCUUAUGGCUUUCCUUUCAUCUUCAACAGUAACCGUAAGGUGAUUAACUGGACUGUGCCGGAAGAUGAUUGGGAAAUCCAUGCAGCGCCGCGCAGCAUUACGCCGCACGUCGAACUGAAGAAGUUUCCGAACCGCACAAACGCCGAACCGGCGCAGAGCGAUGAAGAGUUUUUGACGCGUUUGCGUCAACUCAAACGCAACGACACAAUGGCGCGCAUGCUGUGGUAUGACACAACACCGGAUGGGCUCAGCUACCCACCGUUCGUGGACAAGGCGCUGAAGCUGUUCAAUCUCAAGCAGGUGGCAUUCGAAAUCGAGAACAGCGUAAUGUCCAAAGUCUCAUGUACCGCCUGCAAGGCCGGCGCUGGACUGCUGCAGCAUUACAUACGCGCGGGCAAAACCGAGGCGCAGAUCAUCAAGCUGAUUUACGAAUUUUGCGUUAACCUUAACAUACAAAGUCCACGCGUGUGUGAGGGCGUCUCGACACUCUUCGGCAGUGAAGUGAUUUAUGUGCUGCAGCGCGUCAAUCUCGGUCCAGAUGAGAUUUGCAGCUUUGUGAUCGGCGAUGCUUGUGGUGAUGUCUACAAUCCGUACCAUGAGUGGGAAGUGAUAUUUCCGCCAGUGCCCAAACCGCCGGUUGCCGAAGUCGGUAUGCCCAAAGAGGCGGCGCCAUUCUUUAAAGUGCUACACAUCUCAGAUACACACUACGAUCCGCACUAUGUGGAAGGCUCCAAUGCUAACUGCAAUGAGCCGCUAUGUUGCCGGCUGAGCAGCGGACGUCCGUCGAAUCCGAAUGAUGCGGCCGGUAAGUGGGGUGACUACCGCAAGUGCGAUACGCCCAAACGUACGGUGGAUAAUAUGUUGGAGCAUAUCGCCGAUACGCACAAAGAUAUUGACUAUAUACUAUGGACCGGCGAUCUGCCGCCACAUGACGUUUGGAACCAAACGAAGGAAGAGAACUUGGAAAUUAUCAAGGAGACUGUACGCCAGAUGACGGAAAAGUUUCCUGGCAUACCGAUCUUCCCCGCUUUGGGCAAUCACGAAAGCGCACCGGUGAACAGCUUUCCGCCGCCGUAUGUGAACCAAGUGGACAUCUCUAUAGCAUGGUUAUAUGAUGAAUUAGAUGUACAGUGGCGUCGUUGGCUGCCACAGAGUGUCUCGCAUACAGUGCGACGUGGCGCUUUCUAUUCGGUACUCGUGCGGCCGGGCUUCCGUAUUAUUUCACUCAAUAUGAAUUAUUGCAAUAAUAAGAAUUGGUGGUUACUGCUAAAUUCCACAGAUCCGGCGACUGAGCUGCAAUGGUUCAUAUAUGAGCUGCAAAGCGCGGAGUUCUCCAACGAGAAAGUACAUGUGAUCGGUCACAUACCGCCAGGCCAUCCGGAUUGCUUGAAGGUUUGGUCACGCAACUUCUAUCGCAUCAUUUCGCGUUACGAGAGCACAAUUACCGCGCAGUUUUAUGGACACACGCACUUUGAUGAGUUCGAAAUGUUCUAUGAUCCACAUGAUCUUAGUCAUCCCACAAGUAUAGCAUAUAUUGGUCCGUCGGUAUCACCGUAUUAUGAUCUAAAUCCCGGCUAUCGUGUGUACUAUGUUGAUGGUGAUCACGACACUACCACACGUUUGGUCGUGGAUCAUGAGUCUUGGAUCAUGAAUUUGAAGGAGGCAAACCUUUACGACUACCCGAUAUGGUAUAAGUUGUAUACGACACGUGCCGCGUAUAAUAUGAAAGCACUCAGGCCUCUGGACUGGAGCAACCUCAUCGAUGAGAUGGCGAAUAAUCAAGAAUUAUUUGAUUUAUAUUACAAAAACUACUGGAAGAACUCACCCAUACGGCCGGUCUGUGACGCCGAAUGCCGGAAACGUAUGCUGUGCGAUUGCAAGAGUGGACGGUCGCACGACCGACGGCAUUUCUGUGAAGACGUCGAGGCGAAAGUGGACGACGGUUCGUCGAAAUCCUGGAAGUCAUGGCUGUACCGUGGCUUGACGAACUCUGUUUCCGCAGUUACCAACACAUAUGAAGCUGUUUCAAACAUUUUAAGUGACUAAGUACUAGUAAAUAAAUUAUAAAAUGAAUUUAAAUUAAAUCAAUUUAGUUUAAUUAGCGCUAAUUUCUUACACAUUGUAUGCACCUUAACUAUUCGCUCGACAGCUUCGGUUGCGGUGACGUAGAUCGAGUCCAUUUAAGGGGUUAUAUCCACUUGAAGUCAUAAUUUUUUUUUUGUGAAUUUUUCUUAAAUAAAUAACUAAAAACUAAUGUACAUUUAAAGCAUUUUAUGUACUUUAAUAACUCACGAUUAAAUCUGAAAAAUGUUUGCUUACCUUGAACAUGUAGCCGAACUCCAACGGAUUGUCGAAAAAGGGAGUAUGCGGGAAAAGAUUUUUCUGCUUAAAAUUAACUCAAAACCAAAAAAUAAAAAUAAAAAAUUUUUACGAUAAAUGAAUAGAGGUAAUGAUCUAGGAACUAGUCAAUAUUUUUGGUAAAUUGUCCGACGCCCAAAAAUGCCUCAGUUUGUUUGUUUUUUUUUUUUUUUUUUGUGAAAAAUUUGAACCCCCGAGUGCUUAGGCCGUGAAGCCUAUGUAAAUCCUUAAAAAAUCGAAAUUAAUAAAUUAAUCAAAAUUUUAUUUCUUCGAUCAUUACCUGAUUACUAUAGCUAAGAAGGUCAUAUGAAAAUUCAAGUCGAUUGGUCCAACUUAAGAAUUUAGGGAGUGAAACCCACCUAACCCCUUAAAAAUUCAAAAUAAUAUCCAAAAUAAAUCCACAAGAUCCACUUAUGCUACUUCUUUCAAACAUUAGCCAAUAAAUUUAUUUAAGAAGAUCUUGUGAUAAUUUAAGUCGAUUGGUCCAACUUAAGAACUUAGGCCCAUGUAACCCCUUAAAAAAUCAAAAUUAAUAUUCAAAAUUUUAAUAUUGCGAUCUUUACCUGCCAGAAAGCUUUCUCACCGACUUUUAAAACAGCUUUUCGAGAAAAACUUGUUUAAAGGCUAAAAUGUUUUUACAAAUUCGUUCAUAUCUCUCAAACUAUUUGCCGGUUCAGCGCCAAUAUAUUCAGAAUAGCUAUAUAAGCAAUAAGAAAAUCGCAUUUUUGUACAUUCAUCAGAGGAUAUAACUCCUCAAAGAGUGGUGGAUAUAACUCCUUAAAGAGUAGUGCCGACAUUUUAACCCAAAACUAACACAUUUUACUUAUUAAUUAUGCUUCAAUAAACGCACUUAUGCAACAAAACGGUGCUUGGAACAACAACAAAAA